AUGCGAGGCCGGCCUCGACAAUCUCACCCCUUCGGACUUGCGGUGGGGAGCUGCCUGGCACUGCUGCUGUACUACCACUACCUGCUGGGCGGUAUGCCGGGUGUGAUGGACUCCGGUGCAAGCCCAGGCCACCAGACUCUGGCCCCACCGGGGGGCAGCACUGUCAACUUAGCUUCUGUCGGGCAGCGGUCCGGCUACGUGCUGGGGACCAUAGUGGUGGGCCUGGUCGACCAGAGCACCGUCGACUACGCGCUCAACUGGCUGUGCUCGUGGCGAGCCCGCUCAGCUGCAGAGGGUUCGGCGGUUGGUGUGGCCUUUGCCUGCGCGGACGCCGAAUGCGAGCGACUGCUCGAGGCCGUGCCAAGCUCAGACUAUGUCGUCAUCUCGCUCGGCCGAGACGGCGACGGCAUCGACCACCUGCUGCUCGGCGACGAAGAACAUUGGAGCGAUGAUCGAACGGCGCUGCUUCACAAGUUGGUCUCCAUGCGCCGAGACGGUGACGAUGGAGAGCCAUCGUCGGCCUAUGUGCUGCUGUCGCGUUUCUUCAGGCUCGUGGGCGGCUUGGCGGCGCGCAGGUUCAACGUGGUGGUAAUGAACGACAUGCGCCAGGUGUGGGUCGGCAACCCGCUCGACUUUGUGCACACGCACCCGAACCGAGGCCAGAUGGACGACCUGCAGACCAUCGGCCAUCCCACCCUGCGAGCCGAGCAUCGCGUCACCUUCACCAACAUUGGGGCGAUGAGAUCGGCUCCUGCCGUGCAUCCUUGCGGCGCUUUCGUUUACGUGGCCUGCGGCGAUUCGGCCGUGGUGCGAUUCUUCGACGGCUUGGCCCGCCAACUCGUGGAGGGCGCCACCGAGCGCACACUCGCCUCCAUCGUGUCGCUCACCGACGCCCUGCCCGACCUGUGCGCCUUGGCCGACGUCGGAGCGCUCUCAUCAGCGCUCAAGAUGCGCAGCCUCGACCCUGAUCUGUUUCACCCGGACUCGACUCAAGUCCUCCAGCGGCACCGGCAGCGGGCCUACCAGGCCCGGCCCAUUCCCCUGAUCCCGCCUGUGGUGGCCUACUUCCCACCCAGUGCGAACCGGGAAGGCAUGGUGCGGCACGGCCUGUGGCUACUGGGCGAGGAGGGCCAGCCGCAGAGCUGCAGGGCGUUCGACGAGAGCGCCUGGCCAGUGCCCAACGCGCCGCCCGACGGCUCCGAUGUGCGGAUCGUCUUGAAAGUGCUCACCUACAAACGACCAGAAGCUCUUCAGCGAUUACUCCAAUCUUUAGUAGGGGCCGAGUACGACGGGGACGAGGUCAACCUGGACGUAUUCGUGGACUACGACGAGCAACAGAACGCGGCGGUGUUACAGGCGGCCAAGCAGCUUGACUGGCCCCACGGGCGCAAGCGCAUCUUUGACCAAGGCAGGAAUGUGGGCCUCGCGUUCCAGUGGCUGGGCUCGUUUGUCGACUCGGCCUACGGGCCUGCCCCCGCCACCGCCUCCGCCGAGGGCACGUUGACACCAGACAUGAGGGCCUUCCCGCUGCCGCCUCUCCCGGCCAAGCCCCUGCCCAACAACGAGUUCGCCUACAUCAUGGAGGACGACCUCGAGCAGUCGACCCAGUUCUACCGCUGGAUCAAGCGCGCCAUCCAACAGUACCACACCGACAAGCGACACUACACACCUCGAGCGCCAGGGUCGCUGCAGCUGCCGGUGUUCACCAACUCCACGCCGUUCUUCUACCCGCUGAUCGGCAGCUGGGGCACGCUGGCCUUCCCCAAGCCCUGGGAGCAGUUCAUCCAUUGGUUCCGCCAAAUCAAGACGGCUGACCCGUCCUUCCAGCCCUUCAUCGACAAGACCCUGCCCAGCAAAUGGAUGAUCAAGAAGCCGAUGCUAUGGACCCCCUGGAUCAUCCGGGUACACGAGCAUGUUGGCCUCCUACGAGGGCCUGGUCUCCAUGUCCAUCAAUCACCAGGAGGCGGGCUCAACUACCACAAGAAGGGCAAGUCGACGCACGAGCUCGUCACCACUUACGAGGAGGUCUUCUUCCGAAUGCCGCCACCAGGGGACCUUCUGGCGGUCGACCUGUGCGCGGCCCCGAUAGCGAACCUGCAAGAGCUGGACGGUCGCUAUGAUGCCCUCUUUGUGGAUCACUAA